AUGGUGGAGAAAUUUCUGGAGCUUGUGGAGGACACUUCAGUGCCCACUACAGCCAAGGUUCUACAAAGCGGAUUCACAUGGUUGACCUUGUUCAAAUAUGCCUAUAAAUUUUGCUGGGCUUGUGAGAGGGGCCAACGCCUUGGAGCUAUGUCUCGGAGGGACAUGAUGCCGCUGAACCCCAUCCUCAUUGUUGAAAUUUUUGAUGUUUGGGGUAUCAACUUCAUGGGACCCUUCCCUCCAUCUUCUGGGUAUGAGUACAUUUUGGUAGGAGUGGAUUAUGCCUCCCAAUGGGUUAAAGCUGUGGCCACCAAGACCAAUGAUCACAAGGUCGUCGUCAAAUUCAUCUAG